UAUGCCAUGUAUUAGGGCUCCUAACAUUGUCCCUAUUUUUUCUUCCAUGAUCUUUAUCGUUUUAGAUUUAAUAUUUAGGUCUUUGAUCCAUUUUGAGUUAGUUUUUGUGCAUGGAGUGAGGUAUGGGUCUUGUUUCAUUUCUUUGCAGAUGGAUAUCUAGUUAUGCCAGCACCGCUUGUUAAAAAGACUGUCUUUUCCCCCUUUCACUGUUUUGGGGCCUUUGUCAAAUAUUAACUGCUCGUAUGUGGAUGGAUUUAUGUCUGGAUUCUCAAUUCUGUUCCAUUGGUCCAUAUAUAUCUGUUGUUGUACCAGUACCCCGCUGUUUUGACUACUGUGGCGGUAUAAUAGGUUCUAAAAUCAGGUAAAGUAAGGCCUCCCACUUUAUUCUUCUUUUUCAGUAAUGCCUUAUUUAUCCAGGACCUCUUUCCCUUCCAUAUGAAAUUGGUGAUUUGUUUCUCCAUCUCAUUAAAGAAAGUCCUUGGGAUUUGAAUCGGAAUUGCAUUAAAUGUAUAGAUCGCUUUUGGUAGAAUAGACAUUUUUAUAAUGUUAAGUCUCCCUAUCCAUGAGCAAGGUACGUUCUUCCACUUAUGGAAGUCUCUUUUGGUUUCUUGCAGAAGUGUAUUGUAGUUUUCUUUGUAUAAGUCUUCUACAUCUCCGGUAAGAUUUAUUCCUAAGUAUUUUAUCUUCUUGGGGACUACUGUAAAUGGCAUUGAUUUGGCGAUUUCCUCUCUGAUGUUCUUUUUGUUGGUAUAGAGGAAUCCAACUGAUUUUUGUAUGUUCAUCUUGUAUCCCGAUACUCCGCUGAACUCUUCUAUUAGUUUCAGUAGUUUUCUGGAGGAUUCCUUAAGGUUUUCUGUGUAUAAGAUCAUGUCAUCUGCAAAUAGAGAUACGUUUACUUCUUCCUUGCCAAUCUGGAUGCCCUUUAUUUCUUUAUCCAGCCCAGCUGCUCUGGCUAGGACUUCCAGCACAAUGUUGAAUAAGAGUGGUGAUAAAGGACAUCCUUGUCUGCUUCCCGAUCUCAGUGGGAAUGUUUUCAGGCUCUCUCCAUUUAGGGUGAUGUUGGCUGCUGGCUUUGAAUAAAUGCCCUUUAUUAUAUUGAGGAAUUUUCCUUCUAUUCCGACUUUGCUGACAGUUUUUGUCAUGAAUGGGUGUUGGACUUUGUCAAAUGCCUUUUCUGCAUCAGUUGAUAAAAUCAUGUGAUUCUUGUCUUUUGUUUUAUUUAUGUGGUGGAUUACAUUAAUUGUUUUUCUAAUGUUGAACCAUCCCUGCAUACCUGGUAUGAAUCCCACUUGGUCAUGGUGAAUUAUUUUUUUGAGAUGUUGUUGAAUUCCAUUGGCUAGAAUUUUGUUGAGGAUUUUUGCAGCUACAUUCAUGAGGGAUAUAGGUCUAUAAUUUUCUUUUCUUGUGGUGUCUUUACCUGGUUUUGGUAUCAGGGAUAUGGCGGCUUCAUAGAAUGAGUUUGGUGGUAUUCCAUCCUUUUCUAUGCUCUGAAAUACCUUUAGUAGUAGUGGUGUUAACUCUUCUCUGAAAGUUUGGUAGAACUCUGCAGUGAAGCCGUCCAGACCAGGGCUUUUUUUUGUUGGGAGUUUUUUGAUUACCUUUUCAAUCUCUUCUUUUGUUAUGAGUCUAUUUAGUCGUUCUACUUCUGUUUGUGUUAAUUUAGGUAGGUAGUGGGUUUCUAGGAAUUCAUCCCUUUCUUCUAGGUUUUCAAAUUUGUUUGAGUAUAGUUUUUCAUAGUAAUUUGAUUUGAUUCUUUUAAUUUCAGUUGGGUCUGUUGUAAUAUUGCCCAUCUCAUUUCUUAUUUGGGUUAUUUGCUUCCUCUCCUGUUUUUGUUUUGUCAGUUUGGCCACUGAUUUAUCAAUUUUGUCCAGUUUUUCAAAAAACCAGCUUUUGGUCUUGUUAAUUCUUUCAAUUGUUUUUCAGUUUUCUAUUUCAUUUACUUCAGCUCUAAUUUUUAUUAUUUGUUUUCUUCUGGUGCCUGUGGGUUUCUUUUGUUGCUCUCUUUCUGUUUAUUCAAGUUGUAGGGAUAGUUCUUUGAUUUGGGCCUUUUCUUCUUUUUGGAUGUGUGCAUUUAUUGAUAUAAAUUGGCCUCUGAGCACCACUUUUGCUGUGUCCCAAAGGUUCUGAUAAGAAAUGUUUUGAUUCUCAUUGGAUUCUAUGAAUUUUCUUAAUUCCAUCCUUAAUGUCUUCUAUAAUGCAGUUUUUGUUUUUUUUUUUUAAGCAGGGUAUUGUUCAGUUUCCAAGUGUUUGAUUUCUCUUCCCUGCUUUUCCUGUUAUUGAUUUCCACUUUCAUGGCCUUAUGGUCAGAGAAGAUAUUUUGUAAUAUUUCAAUGUUUUGGAUUCUGCUAAGCCUUGCUUUAUGACCUAAUAUGUGGUCUAUUCUAGAGAAUGUUCCAUGUGCACUAAAAAAGGAAGUAUAGUUGGUUGCUGUUGGGUGGAGUGUUCUGUAUAUGUCUACAAGGUCAAGUUGGUUGAUUGUGGCAUUUAGAUCUUCCGUGUCUUUAUUAAGCUUCUUUCUGGAUGUCUUGUCCUUCUCCAAAAGUGGUGUGUUGAAGUCUCCUACUAUUAUUGUGGAGCUAUCUCACUUUCCAAUGCUGGUUUUAUCUCACUUUCCAAUGGUGGUAGAGUUUGUUUUAUGAAUCUUCCAGCCCUGUCAUUGGGUCCAUAAAUAUUUAACAUGGUUAUAUCUUCUUGGUGUAUUGUCCCUUUAAUCAUUAUAUAGUGUCCUUCCUUAUCCUUUCUGAGGGAUUUAACUUUAAAGUCUUUUUUGUCAGAAAUUAAUAUUGCCACUCCUGCUCUUUUGGAUUGUUGUUUGCUUGAUCUGUUUUUUUCCAUCCUUUGAGUUUUAGUUUGUUUGUGUCUCUAUGUCUAAGGUGUGUCUCUUGUAGGCAGCAUAUAGAUGGAUCUUGUUUUUUAAUCCCUUCUGCCACUCUGUGUCUCUUUAUUGGUGCGUUUAGUCCAUUUACCUUCAGAGUAAUUAUGGAUAGAUAUGAAUUUAGUACUAUCAUUUUGAUGUCUUUUCUUGUGUGUUGACAGCUUUUUCCCACUUGAUUUCAUGUGCUGAGUAGAUUUUCUUUGUAUAUUGUCCUUUCCUCAUAUUUGUUGUUGUUGAUUUUGUUUCUGUGGAGUCUGUAUUUUUCCCUUGUAUUUUAUUUUGAUGAGUAAGAUAGUUUGUCUCCUUUGUGGUUACCUUAUUAUUUACCCCUAUUUUUCUGAAUUUAUACCUUUUAUUUCUUUGUAUCGCCGUAUCUUCCUCUCCAUAUGGAAGGUGAAUGGUUACAUUUCUUAGUCUUUCUUUAUUAUUUUAAUGUUGUCUUCUUUUGUAUAAUAACAACGCCGUUACCCUGUGUUGGUUUUUUUUUUUUUUUUUUUUUGGUGGGGGAGGGUGGAUUUCCCUGUCUUGCUUGACUUCUGGUUGCUCUGCCCAGUGUUCUAGUCUUGGGUCGAUACCUGAUAUUAUUGAUUUUCUAACCAAAGAGCUCCCUUUAGUAUUUCUUGUAGGUUUGGUUUGGUUUUUACGAAUUCCCUCAACUUGUGUUUAUCUGGAAAUAUCUUAAUUUCACCUUCAUAUUUAAGAGACAGUUUUGAUGGAUAUAUGAUUCUUGGCAGGCAAUUUUUUCCUUCAAUUUUUUAAAUAUGUCAUCCCAUUGCCUUCUUGCCUGCAUGGUUUCUGCCGAGCAGUCCGAGCUUAUUCUUCUUGGCUCUCCCUUGUAGGUGACUUUUCUUUUAUCCCUCACUGCUCUUAUAAUUGUCUCUUUAUUUUUGGUUAUGGCAAGCUUGAUUAUAAUAUGUCUUGGUGACUUUCUUUUAAGAUCUACCUUAUGUGGAGUUCGAUGAGCAUCUUGGAUAGAUAUCUUCCCAUCUUUCACACUAUCAGGGAAGUUUUCUGCCAACAAAUCCUCAACAAUUUUCUCUGUAUUUUCUGUUAUCCCUCCCUGUUCUGAUACUCCAAUCACUCAUACGUAAUUUCUCUUGAUAGAGUCCCACAUGAUUCUUAAGUUUUCUUCAUUUUUUAAAAAUUCUUUUAUCUUAUUUUUCUUCUAACUUAUUAGUGCCAAGUGAUUUAUCUUCGAGUUCAGAAAUUCUAACCUCUACUUGCUCGAUUCUGCACCUCUGACUUUCUAUUGAGUUAUCUAAUUCUGUAAUUUUAUUGUUAAUCUUCUGAAUUUCUGAUUGCUGUCUAUGAAUUUUUCCAGCUUAUUAAACUUUUCAUUAUGUUCCUGAAUAAUCUUUCUGAUUUCUUCAGUUGCUUUAUCUGUGUGUUCCUUGGCUUGUUGUGCAUAUUGCCUCAUUUCCUUCCUGAUGUCUUGAAGGGUUCUGUAUAUUAAACUUUUGUAUUUUGCAUCUGGUAAUUCCAGAAAUGCACUUUCAUCUAAAAGAUCCUUGGGUUCUUUGUUCUGAGAGCCUUUUGAGGUGAUCAUGGCCUGUUUCUUUAUGUGACUUGAUAUUGACUGUUUUCUCCGAGCCAUCUAUAAGUUCUUGUAUUAGUUUAUGCUUGCUUACUGUUUUGUAGCUGUUUGCUUUGUUUUGUUUGGUAUACCCCUGUGGGUGCUUGAGUGAGCUAGUUUGAUUAUUUUCACAUUUGGAGCUCUGGUGUCCUGUCCCCAGCUGGCUAGAGCUGUUAUCAGGUGUAUCAGUCUAGGAGUCCAUUCAGUUUUCUUGUAUGAAUUCAGCUCAGGUUUCCAGGUAGGUGAUAUCAAGUGUGUGGUACAGGCUCUGUCCUACAGUCUUAGAGGGGCAGGGUGAUUGGCGUAUAUACCCAUAUCUGAUUGCAGCAGGGGGUCACGCUCUGAACAAGGCAGGGGGCUGAGAACCACCACCUCCACCGCUCUGGGAAUGGUGCCUGAGGGCUCCCCAGAUUCAAGCUCAGCACCUCCCCUCCACUUCUGAACAGUCUCUUCCUUCCCCUGCCCCUCAGUUUGUUGUGGAAGCUUGCCUUUGAUGCUCAGGGCUCCCAGCUUGUCACAAAUGCACUCGUUUCACUCGUUUUUUUGGGUCUUUGUUGUAAAGAGGGCUCGACGGAAGCAUCUGUCUGUUUCGCCGUCUUGGCUCCACCUCAAGAGUGGUGGUUUUCAAAUGAUUGUUUUUAUUGGUAGGACUAUUUCACUCUAUGUAUAAUUCUUAUGGGAACACUGGUGGCGUUGUGGUUAAGUGCUAUGGCUGCUAACCAAGAGUUCAGCAAUUCGAAUCCGUCAGGUGCUCCUUGGAAACUCUAUGGGGCAGUUCUACUCUAUUCUAUAGGGUUGCUAUGAUCGACGGCAGUGGGUUUGGUUUAUAAUUCUCAUAAUUUGAUGGAGAAAGUUCUUUUCAUUUGGGCUAAAAGUGUAGAACAUAAUGAUUAUUUGGUUUAGAUGCCCUGUUUGGCUCUUUCUACCACACAUUUUCUUGGUUUCAUAGAAAUAAUCAUUGUUGUGAUCAAACACAAGGCACCUUGCCAUCCCAUCCUAACAUGCCAACUCUCUUACUUUCCUGGGAUGCUGCAGGUUUAUGGGACCGUCUUCCAUAUGAACCAAGGAAACCCAUUCAAGUUAAAGGCCCUGGUGGACAAGUGGCCAGAUUUUAAUACAGUGGUUGUCCGCCCUCAGGAACAGGAGAUGACAGAUGAUCUUGAUCACUACACCAAUACUUACCAAAUCUACUCCAAGGAUCCCAACAACUGCCUGAAAUUCCUCGACCCACCAGAAGUCAUCAACUGGAAACAACAUUUGCAGAUCCAGAGUAAGAGGCCUGGGAUCAACCAAGAGCUGUUUAAGCCCUCAUCCCUGGAUGUCACCCAUGCUGCUUUAGUGAAUAAAUUUUGGCUCUUCGGUGGCAACGAGAGGAGCCAGAGACUUAUUGAGCGCUGUAUCCGGACCUUCCCUACCUAUUGUCUGCUAGGGCCAGAGGGGACCCCGGUGUCCUGGGCCUUGAGGGAUCAGACUGGAGAGACGAGGAUGGUAGGUGCUGUACCUGAGUACCGGAAACAAGGCCUUACCCACCAUGUUGUCUAUCACUAUGCCCAGGUUCUGCUCAAACUUGGUUUGCCCACCUAUUUUCACACAGACAAGAGCAACAAAGCUGUACAGGAGUUGAGUCACAAGCUGAACCAUAGAAUCAUGCCCUGUACCUGGAACCAAGGGAACUGUGUUCCUCUGUGAUGCUGUACCUGAACAUAGAUAUUGUUGGGGAGUGGGGCUAGGCAUGUGGCUGGAGGAGCAGAAGGGCAGGUGGAGGAAAAGAACAAAUUGUAACCACUGGUAAAGGAGUGAGAGCAGUUUGGGCUCUGGGAAAGCAGAAAUGCAUAGCGAACAGAACAGCCAAGGUUUCUGCCCUCAAAGAGUUCAGGGACGUCCAUUUGGUUCCUCAGUAGGAAGCAGGCUCAGCAUUCCUUCGGUGGCCUUCCUGUUGUUUAGCGCCCCACAUUUCCAGGACUACUGCAAUAUUCUUCCAUCAGCAGCAUCCCUGGCCACGACCCACUAGAUGCCAGUUGCAUCCUCCUCCCAGAGUUGACAACCAAAAAUAUCUCCACCCAUUCCCAUAUGUCCCCUGGAGGCAAAAUAGCCCCUGGUUGAGAACUGCCUGUUUAGAGUUUUGGUUCUCAAACUUGAACCUGCAUCAAAUUCAUUUGCAGGUUUCUUAAAAACACAGAUUGCUGGGCCCCAUCCCCAGAUUUUCUGCUUUAGUUGAUAUGGAGUAGGGCCCGCGAAUUUGUAUUUCUAACAAGUUCGGAAAGGAUCCCGAUAUUACUGGUCCAGAGACAUCCUUUGAGAACCACUGGUGUAGAGAAAUAAUAGAGUGUAUGUUAUUCCCUAGGAUUGUAGAUGGAAAUUCACUUCCCACUCUAGUUAAGCAUAUUGAUGAUACUUCUGUAGUUAUAACGGAAACUUAUGUUCCAAUUGAUUUUUCAUAUUAUUUCGUAGAAACACCUUAAAAUUUCUAUAACUUUAUCAUUUUGGUGGUGGCAAAAUAUUUAAUCACACUGAUACAGUAUCAUUUACUUUCCUUGUUAGUGAACACUGAAAUUUAUUUUCUGUCAUUUUUCCCCUUCUUUUUUCUUCAUUUUUCUCUUUCCUUCCUUCCUUUCUCCCUUUCUUCUUCUCUCCCUCCCUCCUUUCUUUCCUCCCUCCCUUCUGGCCUUCCUUCUUCAUUUUUUCCUUCAUUAUUCUUUUUCUUAACCUUAUUUUCUUGUGGAGAAUUCCCAAAUCUGGAAAUGGCAAGAUACAAGAGGGCCCACAUUCUCGUAACUCUUGAUUUAGAUUUCCAGAUUUAGGUUUCUCCAUGCUGGCAGUACCAAUGUCAAUCUGCUAAAUUCUCCAUAAUUUUCCUCAUUUCAACAACAACAAAAAAAUAUUAAUUGAUCACUUAGAAUGUGUCAGGCACUGUUCUAUGCAUUUGGGAUAUAGCAAUGAAUAAAGAUCCUUUGAGAAAUUUUUGAGCUAUGAUCAUUUAUUGACACAUUUUAUUCUACCUUCAUGUUAUUUUUAUUAUAAAGCACUAGAAUGAUGUAACAAUUCUUGCUGGGAGGGAGGCCUGCCUUUACGAUUCCCAUCCAGACCACCUAAGGAGCCCUGUUGGCACAGUGGUUACAGUGAUCGACUGCUAACCAAAGGGUUGGCAGUCUGAAACCACAAGCUGCUCCACAGGAGAAAGUUGUGGCAGUCUGCUUCCACAGAGAUUUACAGCCUUGGAAACCCUAUGGGGAUGCUAUAAGUCGGAAUCAACUUGAUGGCAGUGAGUUUUGGUUUUCGGCCUACCUAACCUAAAGCCUUGGGCUCAGAGUAUUCUUUGAUAAGGAGGCUGGGAAUUGGGUCUCACCUCUCUCUCCCAGUUUCUCCUUGACAGAGAAGUCUUCCUCCCUGUACUAAGCUCACAGUAACUUUCUCUGUCUCCAUGACAAUGCGUAACUACUUAAGUGUACGCAGUUAACCUUGUAGUUAGUGGGGAAACUGGUCACAGGAUGGCUACACUCUUUGAUCCUGGACAAAGUCAUCUUUCUGGUCCUGGGAUUCCUAUGCUACUUGUACCUAAACAAAGGCACCUUUCUCUUACCCCCCUCCUCUUGCUUCCAUGCAGUUCAGCACUACAACUCUCCUGUUUAUAUAUAUAAACCCAGGCCCAAGUUCCUGUUUGUUCUCUUACCCAUUGAGGAGUGUGCACGGAAGUGACCAAACAUUUCACCCUUAGACAAGAGCCUUUUGGGAGUACCUGCUCCUUUUGAUAAACCCUACUCCAUUCAUCUCAUCUUGAUUACUGUAAGUAAUAAAAGCCUGUGCACUUGCCAGUGAACAGUGGGAUUACUCUUUCUGACCCAAAGAGCCCUGCACUGUUUGAUUUCUUUCACUUGGAACAUGGCAAUUCUGUUUGUUUGUGUGAGGAAGGCAAGAAAUGGUUAACAGGCUGGGCCAAAGUUACAGAGAUACAAGUUUAUGGUUUAUUAAUUGGACCCAGAAGGAUUUUGUACCCAAUUAAUAUCAACCAUCCAUACAUAUUCAGGGGACUCAGGCAUCAGAAAGGGUUAAGACAUCCUUUAAGAUCUUUUCACCUCUCUUGGAUGAAGGUCUAAAUUGGACACCUCGGGAAACCUCACCAUAAGCAGGCCAGUAGGCAGACA